AUGGUGAAAAGCAACACAACUAGCUAUCAUGUAAAGUGUUACUUUAAUGAGAAAGGUCAAGGAGAGAAUACAAGUGUUGCAGAUGAUAGAAAUUCAAAGUGUCCAUGGAAGCUUAAUGCAGCUGUUAGGAAAAAAUCUAAUGGCCAAUUUAUGAUCUCUAGUUAUUGCGGACUCCAUACAUGUUCUAAUCCGACUGUAACUUAUGAUCAUAAGACUUUGACUUCCUCUUAUAUCACAAAGCUAAUUAUGCCCGAAAUUAGGCGGGAACUUGAUCUUACUCCAGGACAGAUAAUUACAAGGGUAUAUGAUAUGAAAAGAAUAACAAUAUCCAAGUUUAAAACAUAUGAUACACGGAGGAAGACAUUGACUAAAAUCUUUGGAGAUUGGGAGGAAUCUUACCAAUUACUUCCGCAUUACCUUUCAGCAAUUAUGAGAAAAAAUCCGGGUACCGAAUAUAACAUAGUAUCUAAGGAGGUCGCGCCAGAAAUGGAGAGGUUCAUACGGGUUUUUUGGGCAUUUGGGUCCGCUAUCAGAGGGUUCUCUUUUUGUCGUCCGCUCUUAAGUAUCGAUGGAACACAUUUAUAUGGCAAGUACAAAGGAGUGCUCUUGGUUGCGACCGGUGUAGAUGCAAACGGUGGGCUAUUUCCUAUAGCUUUUGCAGUUGUGGAGGUGGAGGAUACAUCGAGUUAG